UCUUCACGAGCAACCUACUGCAAUUAUUUGUGCAAAACGUCCUUUUGUCUUGCCCUUCUUCGUCGCAAUACCAGGGUACUGGCCACGAAGAAAUUUUGCCAUGCAGGCAAUAGCGCCCUUUCGGUGACCCGAGGGCAUUCAAUGAAUUUCAGUUCUUGUUCAUUUGUGGAAGGGUUUUUGCUAUGCUGGAUACAGCUGGUGCCGUGCCGCAUUGCGAGUACUUCUGAAGUGGCGUGUCACUCAGUGAGACAUGGUCAUGCAUGUUCUUGCUAGUAUUGCUCUACUGGUGCUCACCCAGCUUCUACUGGGGACACCAGCCAAGUGCAACCCCCAGUGUGAUCUAGCCAGCGCCAAUCGUACAUUCACCACCUCUCGGGGACAACUCUACUACGAGUUCUGGAAGGGGCCUUUUCGGUCAUUAACCCUGGCAGUCACAUCAGAAGUUCAAUCCAGGUAUGAGUUCGGACUAGAUUGUGCUGUCCAAGUCCGAGGUAUCUCCUACAUCACGACCAGUGGAUGCAGUGUAAGGUCGGCAUGGCGGACCGCUUAUUCGUACUAUAGCCCUUGGGGUACAUUCUCACCGGUUAGUCUUGUUGAAAGGAAAACUUCUACCCACACGGAGGCUACAUUGAAUGUUCAUUCACGCAAGCGCUUUCAAGUGAGCAUCUACUUUAAGCAGACCUCAGGGAGAUCCUGCCAACUAGCAAGGUUUACCGACUCAUUGACGCUCACAAAACUGCAAGCAACAGACACCAACGAGUGUUUCUCGGCAUCAGCGUGCAGCACGGGCCAAGGCAGAAGGCAAUGUUGUGGAAAAUCUGGCCCAUGCGCGGCUUGUGGUGUGUUCCCCGACUCGUCAUCAACGCAUUGUGUGAACCUUUUUGGCUCAUAUCAAUGUUCGUGUGUUCCUGGCUAUGCUGAAAAUGCUGCGACACAUCGAUGUGAAGAUGUGAAUGAGUGUGGAAUAGCGGGUGGCUUCAACUGCCACGCUCACUCCUCCUGCAAGAACACUGCAGGCAGCUAUGCGUGUAGCUGUGACAGUGGCUAUACUGAGACUGCCCGCAGGAUAUGCACAGACAAUGACGAAUGUGCAUCUGGAACUCACAAUUGUGAUAGUAAUGCAACGUGCACUAACAUUGCAGGCAGCUUCAACUGCAGAUGCAAUGCUGGAUAUACUGGAACUGGAUCAUCAUGUUCAGACGCGAAUGAGUGUGCAAUACCAGGUGGUUUCAGCUGCCAUCCUAACUCAUACUGCAGCAAUAUAGCAGGCAGCUACACAUGUCCCUGCUCCAGUGGAUAUACUCAGACUUCUCCUAGCAUUUGUAAAGACAAUGACGAAUGUGCAUCUGGAACUCACAAUUGUGAUAGUAAUGCAACGUGCACUAACAUUGCAGGCAGCUUCAACUGUAGAUGCAAUGCUGGAUAUACUGGAACUGGAUCAUCAUGUUCAGACCUCAAUGAGUGUGAAGCACGUACACACUCCUGCAGCAAUCCUGCAAGAAGAAGACUGUGUGAGAACACUCAAGGUUCCUACAGGUGCUUGUGUCUACAUGGAUACACCGGUGCAAUGUGUACGGAUAUCAAUGAGUGCAGCACAGGUACUCACUCCUGUGACGCGGUAGUCAACCCGGAUAAGAGACAAUGUGUGAACACUGCUGGAUCGCACAGCUGUCCUUGUGUGGCUGGAUACACGGGGUUGGCCUGCAUAGAUAUAGAUGAGUGUGUAUCCGGUAAUCACAGCUGCAACAAAAUGACCAAUAGUGACAACAGGCACUGCCAGAAUUUGAACGGAUCUUACCAGUGCCCAUGUCUACCUGGUUAUACCGGUGCAGAAUGCGAUGAUAUAGAUGAAUGCAGUAGUGGUGUUAGUACCUGCAAUCAGACUAUCAACCCGGACAACAGACAUUGUACGAAUACAAAUGGAUCUUAUGAAUGCCCAUGUUUGACUGGAUACACUGGAGAUCAGUGCAUAGAUAUAGAUGAAUGUAGUAGUGGUGUUAGUACCUGCAAUCAGACCAUCAAUCCAGACAACAGACAUUGUACGAAUACAUAUGGAUCUUAUGAAUGCCCAUGUUUGACUGGGUAUACCGGAGAUCAGUGCAUAGAUAUUGAUGAAUGUACUAGCGGUGUUAGUACCUGCAGUCAGACUAUCAAUCCAGACAACAGACAUUGUAUGAAUACAAAUGGAUCUUAUGAAUGCCUAUGCUUGACUGGGUAUACCGGAGAUCAAUGUAUAGAUAUAGAUGAAUGUACUAGCGGUGUUAGUACCUGCAAUCAGACUAGCAAUCCAGACAACAGACGUUGUAUGAAUACAAAUGGAUCUUUUGAAUGCCUAUGCUUGACUGGGUAUACCGGAGAUCAAUGCAGAGAUAUAGAUGAAUGUAGUAGUGGUGUUAGUACCUGCAAUCAGACUAGCAAUCCAGACAACAGACAUUGUACGAAUACAAAUGGAUCUUAUGAAUGCCCGUGUUUGACUGGGUAUACCGGAGAUCAAUGCAUAGCGUUGCCUACCAGUUCCACAAUAUCAUCUACACAUCAAAGUGACAGCGUUGCAUCAAGUGGUGGAUCCGUCUCCAUCGUUGCCAUCGUCAUUCCCAUUUGUCUUCUAGGGAUCAUUGGUUUGCUUGUGAUCGUAAUCUUGCUCCUCCGUCGCAAGAGAAUGACCGUGAGUAGAACCAGUAGCAGGGCUUCGUCAACGCCAGCGGAACACGUGUACUGUUACAUUAACACCGAGCCAUUGCAGACCUCCAGGCCUGGGCGAGUACAGCUGCCAGCAAUCCCAGGCAUGGAGCCAAUCAAUAAUGUCACUCCCAGGUCAUCAGCUAUACCUGAUGAAGCCACUAGGAGUGCCUGUGAAGAUGUGGAACUGAAACUUGUCAUCAUGGGUACUUCCAAGGAAGAAAUGGUUUGCUCGGAAACAGAGGAUGGCAAAAAGCUUGGAAACCCUGGAAACAAUGAAACUUCCGAUCAAGGCACAACUGAUGCCAAAGUCGUAGCACAAACUAAAGAUGAAGAAUACAGCCAACAAGCGACGAGUGCCAACAGUCACCCUGCGAAUGCAACAGAUACAUCACAAACCUCUCGUAGCAACCCCUCAACUGAUACUCACAAUAUCUCCACUCCAGCGUUGAUUGACAGUGUCCCACUCAGAGCGGAAUCACGGAGUGAACAUUGUCCCUCACCAGUAACAGAGGUUAACCUGGGGCCACCCAUUCCUCAACGCCCUGCAGAGGAAGACAAUCAAGAAGCAUUGAGUGCAAAUCCAUCUUACCCACAUCACGACGCUUUUGUGGAUGCAGUGACAAGUGACAACUUGCUACUUACAGCCAAUCCAAGCUAUAGUGAAAGCAAACCAAGACUUGUUCCAACAGACGCUCAGGCACCCCAUGAACCCUCUGCAUCAGCCAGGAGAAGACUCUACCAUGGCCCUCCGGGUACUCCAAGCCCUCCAGUGGAUGGUGCUACUCCGACUUUGACAAACAAUCCAAUUUGUCCACCUCACACACCAGGAAACGAGGCUGCAAGAACUGAAAACAUGUCACUGACUGCCAAUCCAAGCCAUUCACAGAUUGAUUUACCAGUUACAACCAGUGACGAUAUACCGCGUGAUCGAUCUUGUCCACGGAGCCAAGCACUACCGCGGCUAUCAGUGAAUAGCAGCACCCCAGCUUUGACUGACAAUGUUUCCUACCCGCUUCACAAUCCUGCUGCACAAUCAAGCGCCAGGGAUAACGACACAGAGCUGACAAACAACCCAAUUUACUCACACAACGACCCCACACGUGAAUCUGAAAGGGACACUCAACACGGACACUCUGCAUCUCCCAGAAGAAAGGGCUACCAAGGCCCAUCGGUAGUACCCCGACCACCAGCAGACGGCAUUGAAGCAACGUUGACUGACAAUCCAUCCUAUCCCCUUCACUCUCCAGUGGCAGCAAUGCCAACCAACACGCAACUCAGCCCGUCCAUGACUGGCCAGUGUGAGACUAGAGCACAUCUGACCACCAAUCCUAUCUACUCAUACCCAGCAUUUACAGGUACACAGGAACAGCAUGCCAACGAUGCACUUGACGCGGAUUGCCCAGAUGAUCCUACCACCCAGCCUACUUUUCAUUCUGCAAGAAUUAGGCAUUCGUCAUCUACUGAUGAGUUUCAUCCUUCAUCCACAGGAAUGACAGCAUCCACGGUAGCAACUCCUUCUAACCAGAGGGACUCAACUCCCAUAUCAGUCGAUAUCGAACCGUCAAUGUCACCCUGUUUGUCGCCACUGCUCCCUGUCAACCCAUCAUAUCUCGUCAGCACUGAACAUCCCGCCACACUUACAAGCCCUGUGUCAUCGUCACAGACAACUGGAAAUGGGGAUGAGACAGAAAGGAGGAAGUCGUAUGAAGGCCCACCUGUUACCCCAAGCUCAGCUUUCCGAAAUGAUCCCAGCUCACAGGAGGAUGGCGCGCCUACUACCACUACAAACGCAGCCACUGAUUCCAGUUUAGAACCUGGUGAGAACUUUGCAGUAUCAACUGGAGACUAACGAAUCUUACGAAGAACCUCAAGUUCCUCUCCGGUCACCAGUGGAAGUUGAAGCCAGCGCUGCUGAAAAUUCUUCCGAUACAAUGAAACCCGACAUCAUGGAUACUGAUGCUGUAAAAAGGCACUGGACAUCAGUUGAUCUGAUGAAAGCCCAUCGUUUGAUCCUGACCCAAAAUUACCGGGCUCAUGUCCUCCAGCAAGUUCCAUUUUUUAAAGUAAAUCCAUCACCACGAAUAGCUCUCACUUAGACCAGCAACCACCACCAAACCUAGUAAUUCAAAACUCCUCCAUCAACAUCAUUCUCUCUCUAUCUAUAUCUCUCUGUCUCUGUCUCUCUCUCUCUCUCUCUCUCUCUCUCUCUCUCUCUCUCUCUCUCUCUCUCUCUGUCUGUCUCUCUCUCUCUAUCUCUAACUCCCGUUCUCUCUCUCUCUCUCUCGCUUUCUCUCUCUCUCUCUCUCUCUCUCACUCUCUCUCUCUCUCUCUCUCUCUCUCUCUCUCUCUCUCUCUCUCUCUGCCACUAUCAAGGUUGAUCCCAAAUUCCCAACUCCAGUGUGUUUUUCCCAGAGAAGGAGGUUUUCCAUUUGCUCGUGUAAACAUUUUUAGAAUCUGUUAUAAAAGUAGCACACUGUUCAUAUUCUCUUCGGGCAGUUUUCCAAGCAGCUCAGGUCUGGCAAUAUUUCUUGAGUCUGGCACAAUAGCGGUAAGCAUGAGGAUACAUUGUUCCACAUAUUCAAACCUGUAAUUAUUUUGUUUCCAGGUGUUUUUUUUAAAGAAAGUCCUCUUUUCUUACUUCGAAGUUUAAUCCACACAGGCACUUCCUCACAUUUCGCCGUUUUGCUUGGCUGAUCUUUCACUGCUUACAAUCAUUCCUGUGGUUGAUAACGAUCUCUACAUUCUGUUUUGCUGUGAGAAUUGCAUGCUACUGUGUCGAUUCAACCAUAGUCUGUUGAUAAGUGAAUAAGUGAGCUACCUUAA